AAUGGGAGAUCAAUCCCAUGCUUCGGCAGAGACUAACAAAAAAAGGUCAAUGUGGAUCAAUCCCCCAACCAUAGGAUCAAUCCCCAAAUACCUUCCUCUUCUCUCUGUUCACUUAUCACGAACCAAAAUCUAUCUCUGCCUCAAAUCUCUUCAUAGAAAUUCCACUUCCAAUUUUCUUCCUGGCGUUCGAGGUGGAACACAACCAAAAUCUCCCGCUGUUCAUCUUCCGGCGUCGCGGCUGUUCGUCAUUCAACGGCGUCGCAUCUGGGUCGUCUUUCCGGCGUCGCAUCUCGGUUCUCUCCAGCGGUCGCAGCUGGGUUCUUCCGGCGAGCUUCCCGGAUCGCGGCUGUUUGACUUUCCGGCGUCGUUUUUUUUUGGCUGUUCGCUGUUCUUUCCGGCGAUAUCGAGGUUGGUUCUCUCCAGCGACGGCUCGGGUCUUUCCGGCGAUAUCGAGGCUGGUUCUCUCCAGCGAUUUCGCUGUUCUUCGCCGGCAAUUCCGGCUGGGUUCUUCUCUGUCGCACUUCGUGAUUCGCCUUUCUCCGGCGCGUUUGACUGGAUUCUUCUCCGGCGAGUUUGUGGAUUGGUUGUUGAAUUUGGACUAUUCCCAUAUCAUUCAGUCUUUAAGAAAUGACUCGUGUUUCUUCUUCCAAACGUUUCAAACCCUCCAAAGAGACUCCCAAAGCUACGUGGCGUACCAAACGUCUGGAUUUUGAGACUACCUUCGACAUUGAAGGUACGUUUCGCCAUAAUAACACGACUGAAUGGGCAGUGUUAGAAUUUGAUAGGAGGCGUUUGUCCUGCCUUUUUAGACCAGCUGCAGAGGUUGCAUAUCCUCGUAUUGUGCGCUUGUUUUAUCAGAAUAUGGAAUGGUUUAGUGAUGCGCCGAAAAUAUUAGCUACAACCAUUGAUGGUGUCCGAAUUCACUUUGGUGUCUUGGACAUAGCCCAGGCAUUGGGGUGUUCACAUUUGUGCCCCACUGACUUGCUAGCAGAGAAUGGGGAGUUACGUUUUGGUAAAUUCCCAGAAAAACCUACCGUGCAUUCUAUUGUUAAGGAUAUGUGUGCCGGGAAGUAUGGUGACAAGAAGAAGAAGAAUUGUGCAAGCAAGUCCUCACUACCUAAGGCUAUGUGGUUUUUCGAUCAGGUUCUGAAACGAAAUGUUCAUCCAAUAGGUCAUAAGGUACAGCGGGGGCAAGAGUUCUUACUAGCGUUGUAUGCUACCCACACUGGAGUAUGGUUUUCUGUUCCAGCUCUCAUCUUUAACCAAAUGCAUAAAUAUCGGCAGCAUUUAGUGGCGAGUGGGGAUCCGAAUGCGAAAAAAUGGAAACUCCCGUUUCCGUAUCUUAUUACCCAGCUCCUUGUCCUUCGGCGCUUCGUGGUUGAUAAUGAUGAGAUCUCUGAGGCUCAACGGGUGACUUUUGGGCUAGCACAGUGGAACUUAAGCCUUUCUCAUAUGCCUAAUGCCAAGAAGGAAGGUGAUGGCAUGGCAGCAGGUGAUAGAGAAGAUGUGAAUGCCCUGGUUGAGGAUAUUGUUGGGAGGUCUGAGGAGCAGAUUGUUGAUGGUGCUAGUUAUGAGAUAGCACAGGCUGUGUCACCACAUGCAGAAGAGUCUGCAGGGUGACUAGGACAGAGUUCAAUGCCAUUGUGGGGCAGUUGAGGAUCGAGUUGGCUAAAUCUCAGGAGCAGCGUCGAGUUGAGCAUGCUGAGCUUAUACAGCAGCACACCACUACCCAGCGCAUGCUACGAGAUCUAUAUGAGAUUGUUUCAUCGAGUCUCCCACGCACUUCCACAUUACCACCUGAUGCAUGAUUUCUUUUGUCUAUUUUAUGCUGUUCAGAUUUUUCUAUUUUAGGUGGAUGGGAUUUUAUGUGGCUAUAGCCAGAUUUUUGUGAUUUAGAGCUGGUUAUUUUGGGAACCUGUAAUUUUGGGUUGUGAUGAUAUAUUUUGGUUUAAUGCAUCCAUAUAUGUUUUGUAUUGAUGUUUUUGCUAUAGAUAUAUACAUGGAUGAUUGUUUUUGGCUUUUGUUGCUCAUAUUCAUUUGAAAAAAAAAAAAAAAUUGCAAAGUAUCAUUCCGUCUUGCUAGAGACGUUAAACUUAGCCCAUUUUUCUUAUUUUUAGUUAUUUAUUUUAUUUUAUUGGUUGUAAAUACAUGUUCUUUUUCGUUGUUUCUUUUAAAAAAAAAAAAAAAAAAUGUGUGUUACCAGUAUGCCCUUAUGCUUGGUUAUGACUAUUUUUAUUUUUUAUCAAGGGCAUUCAUCUCAUAUUUCUUUGCCUCUUAUUAUAUAUUGUUUUGAAUUGUUUGCAUUACUUAUCACAUAUGCUAUUUAAUGUGAGUUUGCUAGUAUGAUUAUACAGCUACUUUUUUGCAUCCAAGUUUGGGGGAGACAUUUUUCCUACUGGAUCAUUGCCGGACUUCAUAAUCUUUGCAUCACGGUAUACUCUUUCUAUCAUUUUUUAUUAUUUUCAUUGCACAUUGAGAACAAUGUACAGUUUAAGUUUGGGGGUAAGGUCAUCAUGAUUUAUUCUAUUUUAAGUUAAGUUUUAAAUGCAUGAUGAGAUUUGAGAUGUAUUUGGUAAUGAUUUUAAACUUUUGAAUCAUAGUACCUUUGAAAAGCAAGUUGUUAGAGUCUAAUAUUUCCUGUAUGCUAAAGGAUGCCAUUUAAGGGUAAAUUUCAAAUUUUGACAUCAUGUUUGCUUUUGUUGAACACAUCAUCCGGUUGGUUGAAAAUGUUUUGAGAGUUGAUUCUAGAAUUCUACACUUGCACUUGUGCACACUAGCAUUCAAUUUGUGGGGUACAUGCUUAGUUGAUUAUUGUCUUGGUUUAUCCCAAUUGAGCUAGUAUGUUUUGAAAGUUCUCAUUCUUGAUAAAAUGACCUUGCAAAGAAACGAAAUAAAAGCACUCACCAAAAAAAAAAAAAAAAAAAACAAAUAAACAAACUGCAUUCUUUCAACAUGUCAACUGAUUAAAAAGGAAGACAAUGAAAGAAUGUAAGAUGUAUGAUUAGUUUGAAUUCGUAGCCUAGCCAUUCCGAGUCAUUACGCCCUUAGGAGUGUCUUUACACUUAACGCCCUAAGACCAUCUGGUUUAGGAGUCGUUGGCUCAACGCUUAUUACAUGGGGUGAUUAGAGAGUUUAAGAAACUUAGACAUUGCACAUGGUCAUAUAUAAAUAAAUAAAAAAGAAAAAAAAAAUGAAAUCAAUU